ACUUUAAUGGACGAGACUAUUUACCUCCCAAGAAAAUGUCACCCCUGUAUUUUGUACUGCUCUGUCUGCCUGCUAUGGCAUUUGCCGCCAAUCUCCAGCCUCUGAACUUGACUGUCACAGCCAUGUAUCUAGACCUCGACACGAAUUUAAAUGGAAACAUUGACAGACACGAGAUUGAUGAAUCGUUUCGUACAUAUGAUAGUAACAACAAUGGCAGAAUUAGUCGUACUGAGUACACAAACUUUGUGACUUCUCACGAGCCCACUCUUUUAGACCUGUCCCAUGCACUCUAUGAUGUUUACGACGUAGAUAGUGACGACCAGCUUGAUCACCACGACUUUGAUAACUUCUAUUCUCUGAUGGACGGCAACGCAGACGGUGUGGUGAGUCAUUUCGAGUUUUCCAGAUAUUGGACUAUCCUGUUGACAAACCUGGCACACCUUCAUUCACAAAAGAAAAAAUAACUUCACUUGCUUUUGUUUUGGUUUUAGUCAAAUGUUAUUGCACUACAAAGUUGAAAGAAAUUUAAAAAAAAAAAUAUGUUUCCCAUAUACAUUUUCCAAAUCAGAAUGAUCUAGUUUUAUAUCCAAACUAAACAUCGUUUGCCUAAAAUAUCUAGACAAAUGCGUCUCUUCUGUUGAUUAAAUAAUUUAAAAGAAAACAUAAAAAUUAUUAUUCUAGAAUAGUCGUAGUUGGAGUGAUGAGUCUGGUAGUAAGUGAAAUGCUCGUAUUGAACUAUGUAUGCUUAUCAUGGUGUAACCUGAAUGAAUAUCACCUUGUGCAGUUAGAUUAUGGUGUCACCCCCCCCCCUUUUUUUUUUUUUUCCUAUUUCAUCCUAGAAAUUUCCUAAUAAAAAUAAAAUAUUGGUUGUUGUUUUUUGAUUGCACUAUAAUACUGUGAGCUAAUUAAUUACGUAUUAAAACAUCUGUUGUUUAUGACGUGUGAAA